UCCAAUUAGGUAUCAAUUGGCUAAUAUGUAUAAACGUCCAGGCUUUGAAAAUAAUCUUCGACAUUGGGUAAAUAGAUUGAAUAUUAAUGAUCUAUUAUGUGAUAUUUAUGAUAGUGAUAUUUGGUGA